AUUUUUUUCAAAAUAGGCGGGAUGUAUUUGUUAAAGGCCAAUCAGCACCAAUUUUCCUUCCGACUUGAUUUCCAAGUUGGGUUGACGUGCACGUUACCCAUGUGGGUCUAAUGUUGACUUGAAUUUUUGAGAAAGUUGGGAUUCAUUCUAUCCAACGACAACAAAAUUUGUGUUAACGCGUUUCGCAAUGUCGUCGUCCUUCUUCAUCAAGGGGUCCAAAAACCCAAAAGUACCGAAACCUGGAAAAACGAUAACAAAGUCGAAGCGGAAAGGUGAGAGCGACACGGGUGUUAAGUUUAAAAUCAAGAAACCAAACUCCCGAUAUAACGAAGAGAUUUCCAGCGAAUCUGAGACAGAGAGUCCGAUAGUUCCCAAGAAAAGACAGGUCAAAGAAAAGGAUGAUUAUGACGAGACACCACAGGAGAAGAAGCUCAGAUUAGCCAAACUUUAUCUCAACCAGUUAAAGGAAGAAGAAGAGGGAAAAGCUGAAGGCGAGUCAUUUGAGGCCGAUCUGAUUGCGGGGAGACUUAAAGAUGAUGUGCUGGACCAGAAAGGAAAAUUACAACGGCUUAUUGCAAAAGAUCUCUUGCCUCCCGACGCUUCCGAAAUCCGUUUGUUAAGAGGACACAAACUCCCAAUCACGUGCCUGGUCAUCAGUCCUGAUGAUAAGUGCAUCUUCUCUGCUGCAAAAGAUUGCUCCAUCAUUAAAUGGGAUGUUGAGAGCGGGAAAAAGUUGUGGGUCAUACCUGGCGGAAGGAAGGGCACCCAAGAUCGACAUGUUGGACAUACGGCUCACGUCCUGUGUAUGUCAUUAUCAUCUGACGGAAAAUACUUGGCCACUGGAGACAUGAACAAGCUGAUCAUGAUUUGGGAAGCUGAAUCACGCAAGCAUCUCUACACAUUCACAGGACACAAAGGCCCCAUUUCGGGUCUCUCGUUCAGGAAAGGAACUCAUGAUCUGUACAGCGCCUCACAUGAUCGAUCCGUCAAAGUGUGGAAUGUGGACGAAAACGCCUACGUGGAAACUCUCUUCGGCCACCAGGAUGCCAUCAUGGGACUAGACUGUCUGAGCCGAGAACGCUGCGUGACCGCCGGCGGCCGCGACCACACGGUGCGCGUGUGGAAGAUCAUGGAGGAGUCGCAGCUCGUCUUCCACGGCCACGAGGGUUCAAUCGAUUGCAUCCAGCUCAUCAACGAGGAACACAUGAUCACAGGAGCCGACGACGGCUCCGUGUGCCUUUGGAGCGUCAAUAAGAAGAAGCCCCUGAGCGUGGUGAAGCAGGCCCACGGUUGCCAUGGCGACGCCGGACUGAAGCAGCCUCACUGGGUGGCCGCGGUGGCCGCGCUUCAUAGCACCGACGUCGUGGCCUCAGGUGCUUCUGGCUGUUCCAGCAACUCGCAGGUGCAACUGUGGACGUGCGGCGCCCGCUAUCGAGGGCUCGAGCCCCUUUUCAGUGUUCCGGUGGUCGGUUUUGUCAACAGUUUGAAGUUUUCACACGCUGGUCACUUCUUGGUGGCGGGAGUCGGACAGGAACACAGGUUGGGACGAUGGUGGAGACAAAAAGAGGCGAGAAAUGGGAUCUAUAUCAUUCCCCUUAAAAGGAAACCUCCCAGUCAAGAUGAAGUCCAGCCAUCUGAAUAGUGGUCUUUUUGUAAAUUAAAGGCAUUUAUAACCUUUUGCCA